AUGGCCGCGACGGCGAAGAGCGUGGAGGGCGAGAGCUCGGGCGCGCCGGCGCGCACGGCGGCCAGCAACGCGUCGGCCGAGUCGUUGAGCCCGGGCAGCACCUCGCAGAAGCGCUCUGUGUUGGCCGUCCACAGCACCACCACGCGCUGCACCCCGCUGCGCGCCCGGAAGGCGCGGAUGUCCGCGCGCAGCUGCUCUAGCUGCUCUUGCUUCGACCCCGACAGAACGCGCCAGCAGGCCGACGAACGCUGCCGGCGUAACCGCGAGCCGACGCUGACCUUCCCGGCGCUGCCGCGCGGACGCAACAAAAGGACUUGGGGGAAAGGGCCGACUGUGGCCGCCCUGCUGCCUGAUCUGCCAGGCGUUUGGACGCCGGAUCGCCGCCCCUGUAAGGCGAGUCACGACCGCCCGAGAGGACAAGCCGACCCACGAGCUAAGAUAAACUCUGGCCAUGCCGGUAAAUAUAAAUUAACAGUAGUUUUAAGUUAGUC